AUGUCAGCACUUUCACAAACCAACACACCAGAACGUGCACGAUCGUUUUGGAGGAAUGUUGGGUUUCACCUUUGCCAAGGAUUUGUUCAUAAUGUGGCGCAUGACAUAACUUUUCACCUUGAGAAUCACCAAUUCCUCAACACUCAUGAGCUUGAGGCAAUCUCAGAUGUAAUGCACAAUUUGGACAAUGAGGUCCAUGAUAUCACUGUCAACCUCUGCGAGUCUCAAAACCACUUCAAUAUGCUCAGAUGUUGUUGCGUUCCCGUGAUCCAGAACUUGUCCAACAUCGUCGCCUCUUCAAGACCCAACUCAAAAGCUCAAAGAGACGAUACAAAACUCUUAUGCGCACCUUCAAACGUUAUAACAAGGAUGUCGCCAUGCUCGGGGCAAUUCUAUCUGAGGAGACAUACUGAAGCUGGAGUACCAUCUGAGACAGCUACAGAAGUUCCUAGUGAAUUAUAA